GCUGUACAUAUGUCAUGAACACACACCCAAAUCGUCUAAAGGCUAAAAUAUUGGUAUGAUAUUUUAAAUAUUAUAGAAUCACCUCUAGUUAUUAAUGUUCAAAAAAAUUUUCUUCCGUAGUUUCUGCUUUCCGUUUUUCAUUUUAUUUCUCCUUUGUUCAACUAAUAAUUGUUGUAGCUAAAUAUGGAAUAUCAGUUACUACUAAUCAAAUCAGAAUCCAUCCUUACUCAAAUAACUAAAUUUAACGUUUAAAAUCCAAUUAAGUUGCUUCCCGAUUUCAAAUAUUUUCGAAAAAAGGAAGUGUUUGCUGGCAUUUGUAUCAGUUACCAGAAUCUUAGGAAAAUUAAUGUAAUCCAUCUCUAUUUGUGUGUGCACCUUUAAACUUUUCAAAUAAAAUGAUCGUUACAUUCUUGAAAGAAACAUACUGAAGUCUUUCUUAAAACUCAAUUCUCAUAGUUUCAUGUUGUGUGCUUACUAGUAUGUCUAACCAAACUUCAGGCCAACACCAGAACAAAAACCAAAACAAGAACCACAAUCCAAAUAAAAACCAGAAUAAUAAUCAAAACCAAAACCACAAUGCAAAUCAGCACCAGAACAGAAACCAAAAUGCAAACCAAAACCAUAAUCCAAAUCAGCACCAGAAUCCAAACCAAAACCAAAAUCCAAAUCAAAACCAGAAUACAUAUCCACCAGAAAAUGAAGAUUUCAAUCUAAAGGAGACAACUCCAACUCUUGGUGGUGGAAGAGUUACUGCAAAUGACAGACUUGGCACAGCAUUUGAUCUUGUUGAGCAAAUGCAUUACUUAUAUAUAAGGGUAGUGAAGGCAAAGGAGCUACCUUUGGAAAAAGAUGGCAACGGCCAUGUCAAUGUCAAUCCUCACCCUUUUGUUGAAGUGCAACUUGGGAACUUAAAAGGUCAGACUUUGCACUUUGAAGACAGGUCUAGUCCUGAGUGGAACCAAGUGUUCGUUGUGUUGAAGGACCGGAUUCAAUCAAGAAUUCUUGAAGUUUGCUUGAAGGAUAAAUCAAGAAUUGGUGAUAGUGAUGAUGGUUUGAUUGGAAGAGUAAGUUUUGAGAUUAAUGAGGUGCCAAAAAGGGUACCCCCAGAUAGCCCUUUAGCCCCUCAAUGGUACUGGUUGGAGAAUAGGAAAGGGGAAAAGGUGAAAGGAGAGUUAAUGUUGGCUGUUUGGAUAGGGACACAGGCUGAUGAGGCAUUUCAAGAAGCUUUACAUCUAGAUGCUACAGCAGUGAAUGGUGAUGGUGUUGCAAAUAUAAAAUCCAAGGUUUAUUUAUCACCUAGACUUUGGUAUCUGAGAGUCAAUGUAAUAGAAGCUCAAGAAUUGCAGCUAGGCAACAAGAACAGGCAGCAGCCGGAUAUUUACUUGAGGAUUACACUAGGAAAUGUGGUUUUAAGGACUAAGAAUUCACUGAGUAAGAAUGUUUGCCCAUCAUGGAAUGAGGAUUUGAUGUUUGUAGUUGCAGAACCUUUUGAGGAUCAGUUGGUUUUGAGUGUGGAAGAUAAGGUGGCACCAAACAAGGAUGAAUUAUUGGGGAAGUGUGUCAUCCCUUUACAAGAUGUAGAAAAAAGGGUAGAUUUUAGUACUCCAAUUAGCAAGUGGUAUAGUCUUGAGAAGGAUGUUGUGUCUGAGGGUGGCAACAGCAAAGUCGCCAAACUAAACAGUAAGGUUCACUUGAGGCUAUCUUUUGAUGGUGGAUAUCAUGUCCUUGAUGAAUUAACACAUUAUAGUAGUGAUCUCAAGGCAGCAUCCAAGGAGUUGUGGAAACCAAGCAUUGGGGUUCUAGAACUUGGAAUCUUGAAUGCUCAAGGUUUAUCCCCAAUGAAGAACAGAGAUGGCCGCGGGAUAACAGAUCCUUAUUGUGUGGCAAAAUAUGGUCAGAAAUGGAUUAGGACAAGAACAAUUCUCAACAGUUUCAAUCCAAAGUGGAAUGAACAAUACACUUGGGAGGUGUUUGAUCCUUGCACAGUGAUCACAAUAGGAGUGUUUGAUAAUUGUCAUUUGCAAGGUGCAGAUAAAAAUGGCAAGGCCAUGGAUUCAAAAAUUGGGAAGGUAAGGAUUAGACUUUCCACACUUGAGACUGGUAGAGUGUACACUCAUUCAUAUCCUCUCAUAGUGUUGACACCAGCAGGGGUGAAGAAGAUGGGUGAAAUUCAACUGGCUGUUAGAUUUUCUUGCUCAUCUUUAUUCAACAUGUUGUCUAUGUACUCUCAACCGCUAUUACCAACUAUGCAUUACCUUCACCCUCUGACUUACUACCAGAUUGAUAAUCUAAGGCACCAGGCUACUCAAAUAGUUGCCACGAGGCUAAGUCGCGCAGAGCCACCAUUGAGGAGAGAGGUGGUAGAGUACAUGCUUGAUGUUGGCUCGAACAUGUGGAGCAUAAGAAGAAGCAAAGCUAACUAUGUUAGAAUAGCUGGGAUAUUAGCAGGAUUGAUUGCAAUUUGCAAAUGGUUCAAUGGGAUUUGCACUUGGAAGAACCCUUUUGCAACAGUUCUAGUGCACAUCAUCUUCAUUCAAUUUGUGUGCUUCCCGAGGCUGAUUUUAAGCAGCAUCUUCGUCGUUGUUUUCUUGAUUGGAACAUGGAACUAUAGAAUGAGGCCAAGAAAGCCACCGCACAUGGAUAUUAAGUUGUCACAAGCAGAAAGAGUACCUUGGGAUGAAUUGGAUGAGGAGUUUGACACAUUCCCAACGUCUCGAAACAACGAUGCUGUGAGAAUGAGGUAUGAUAGGUUAAGAAGCAUUGGAUCAAGAAUGCAAGCUGUUGCAGGGGAUUUAGCUAAUCAAGGGGAAAGGUUUUAUAACUUGUUAAGUUGGAGAGAUCCAAGAGCUACUGCUCUUUUUCUUAUCUUCUGUUUGAUUGCUUCAUUAGUGCUAUAUGUCACUCCUUUUAAAGUUGUGGUGACUCUUAUGGGAUUCUAUACAAUGAGGCACCCAAGAUUCAGGGAGAAACUCCCUUCUGUGCCCUCAAGUUUCUUCAGGAGACUGCCUGCAAAAACAGACAGCUUGUUGUGAGAAGUUGGCGUUGGACUUUGAAAGCGGCUACGUUUUAUUAAUUAUUUUCUUCUUGUUCAUGUCUAGCCAUGGGAACAUUUAUAUUUUGUU